CUCGUUUUUCUGUUAAACGAUACAACUAAACACACAAUCAUGACCAAAGGAGAAUCGACUAAACGUAAAGCACCAACCACAUCCUCGUCCACAAGCUCUACCAACAACAGAAUACGGCGACCACGAACUGACGCAAAAGCACCCCCUGUCGCCACAACACGAGCUUCUGCUGCUCGUGCAGCAGCAAUACAACAGCAACAACGACGGCAAUCGUCCCCCAGUACCACUGGACCUUUAUCAAAACAACCCACAAAACGAAGAUUAACUACCAGCUCACCAUCGUCAAGUACAACAGCAUCCGCGUCGUCACCAACGACUGCAAAAAAGAAGCGACCACAAUGGGACAUUCGGGGACGUAUGCAAGACAUGGAAGACCAGUUACAACGAGAUCGCGAUCAAAUUGGAAAGCUGGAGGCAUAUCGAGAAGGGCUUACCGGUACGGCAGAGGAGAAAGAUAUUGAAAUUAAAGAAGUAAUUCAAAGGAUAGCCGAAGCUAAGGCAGAUUUACAGGCGGUAGAACGAAAAAAUGCGCAAGAAUUAGAAAAUGCAAAAGCGCAACAACGUAUUCACUCCCAGGAACUGGAAGACAACAACAUGAUAUAUAAACGGAAGAUCGCUUCUUUGGAACUUGAGCUCAGUGAUACCAAGCGGAAGAUGGAUGCAGCAGAAAAACAGGCCGAAGUAGAAACUACAAAAAGUGCCAUGUUAAAGAAAGCAGUAGCGGAAUCUUCCUCAUCUUUUGUCGAAAUCAAAGAACAAAUCCGCGCUUUAAGGCUAAAGCUAGAGCGAGCGGACGAUAUCCUCAUGGAGCGCGAUCGUAUCAUCGAGAAGUUGACCGCGGACCUGAACAGUGCACAAGAUGCCAAGGACAGAAUAACAAGCAAAGUUGAUGAAGAAGAGCAAGUGCACCAACGUUUGAAGGAAAAGAUUCGGGAGCUGGAAUCUCGGACAGACCAUGAGUCUAAUAAGCAAAGAAAGAAAAUUCCCAAUCCACCACAAUAAAAAAAAGCCGGAUCGAUCAUCCUAUUUUGAUAUUCGAGUACCACUACAUGAGAGAAAGCUGACGAAGGAGAAGGUGAUGCGAACACAAAAAGAAAAGGUGCUUUGUAACUCAUUGACAAAUGUUUCUCGAUCAGAGUGAUAUUCUACGGCCACGUAGCGUAUGCUUAUAGUAAGCUGGAUAUACAUCGAAACCCACAAAUUAAAAUCACGGUUAAUU